AUGGAGGAAGCCUGUCCGUGGGGGGCUGGGAGAGACAGAAAAGACCCGGUCAUUCACGCUCGUCGACAGUCCAAAUUCUGCAUACGAAAAGCAAGCCAAUAUGAGCGAAAAGAUGUGCGGAAUAGUCUGCAGCUGCCGCGCAGGAGCGGGCGUAGAAGUCCACUAUCGCCUGUCGCUAGCGAGGGUCGCGAUACAUCCUCACAAUUCAGAUCCCGAAUACCAUCCGAUCACUCUAGAGGCCGUCCAGCGUCCCAAGAACCAGACGAGCUGCGUAUUUCGAGUCCGGCCGAGACCGACGCCGCCCAGGCAUCUGUCUCCGGACCAGGACCAGAGCUUGCAAGCGAACGGAGCAGCGCCGACUUCUACUCGCUCAGCAAUCACUCCCAAGAGACCUUGAUGUCUGAGCAGCCCUCCAUCAUUUCGGAACAUCCACCACCAUGGACUUACUCUGCGCCUUUAGCGCGACGACCGGCAAUACAUCAGUCGCAAAAGCCUCAAGCUGUGAAUUUGCUCAUGGGCUACGCUCAGUUGAGUGCGACAUUCACAUUAGACGCCUCGCUGGUCGACCAGUCACACUUCGAAGAGGUGAAGACGAAAGGCUUUCUUGGUGGCCAGGCUGGAGGUGGCGUCGUCGGCGUCAAAAAGCCCCGGCCGAACAGCGGGUUCUUGGGAGGUUUCAAUCUCAACAGCAUCGGAGGCUCGCUUAACAAUUUGAUCGGUGGCGACAACAUGAGCAGCGUGAAGGAGAUGAACGCCGUGACCAACGCCAGGGCUAUUCCCCUCCUGUCUACUCCACAAUCACUGUUGUUCGUCGACAUGCAUCUCGAACCCGGCGAAGAGCAGAGCUAUUCGUACAGCUAUCCCUUACCGCGCGGCCUACCAUCCAGCCAUCGAGGAAAGGCCAUCAAGAUCUCCUACAAUUUGACCAUCGGAGUACAAGGUCUUCCCGGAAGCCGCGACGUGCAUACGGUUCGCCAAGUCAACGUUCCCAUCCGUGUCUUUCCCGGUGUCUCUCACGACGGAGAGAUCUACGGCCACGAUCUCAUGCAGCCACAUGUGAUCCUUCGUGACCUCGCUCAUACGAAGUCAAUUCUAGCAGCUGAAGGCCAGGAAGAGAUUACUACGUUCACCACGCAAGGGGAUGAAAGGGCUACAGCCGAGUUUCUCACGUUCGUCGAUACGCUUUUGGAUCGCAACCGACGUCGACAAUCCAGCACAGGGACGAUGGAUGCAUUCUCCAAUAGCCAGGACAUGGGGAGCCGAGGAAAGACUCUGCAGGCGGUCGACCGUGCCAUCGUAUACAGUAAUUCCCUCUCUGAGGGCGAUUCGAGCGCGAACCGGUUCGAGAUUGCCCGCACCGGCCAGAGAGUUGCAGUUAUCGUCAUUGACCGACCAUUACACCGGCUCGGAGAGACAAUCACAGCCGUGGUUGACUUCUCAGAGAGUGAAAUAGCCGGUUCUUCGCUCAAAGCAACCCUGGAGACAUCGGAGAAAGUAACCCCUGCGCUUGCCGUCCGAUCGGUUGCCACGAUCAACCGAAUCACGAGAAAGAUCUACGGCGCCCGGUCGGAGAACAUUUUGUUCUCGAAGCGAGCCACCUUCGCAUUCAGCAUCCCGGCCUCGGCGACCCCCACGUUCGUGACCUCCGGGGUCAACUUGGACUGGAGUCUCCGAUUCGAAUUUGGAACCAUCAAGCCGUUCGAGAGUGAAGAAGGCGGUAUCCAGCCCGUGCCGGACCUGUUGGAGGAGGUUGUCAACGACGAGAGGAGCACUGUCAAUGUUGCUGUGGAGAACCUGGAGUGCGAGACGUUCGAGGUGGUUAUCCCGAUCACCGUCUAUGGCGAUCUGGUACCCGAUGGCAAAGAAGGCGAAGAGAUCGUGGGGAUUCCGAUCUGA